AUGGGGGGCAGAGUCAUACUCAUUAAUUCGGUUCUUGCAAAUCUGCUUAUCCAUUAUCUGGCUUUCUUCAAAGCUCCCCAUAAGGUCGUGAAGAAUUUAAUAGCGAUUCAACGACGGUUCUUAUGGGCUGGGAACUCGAGCAAUUCAUUUAUCCCUUGGGUUUCUUGGAAUUCUGUUUGUAAAUCUAAGGAACAUGGCGGUCUGGGUAUUAAGCAUGUGGGUCGAUUCAACAGUGCGUUGUUGGCAAAGUGGCUUUGGAGAUUCCAAACUGGCGACAAUGAAAUAUGGAGGAACACCCUUACUAACAGAUAUGGUAACCUCAGCAUUAAGACGCAAACUUACUCCGACGUUGAUAGGUUGAAAUCUAAUUCGCUGUGGAUGAAGGAUAUGAUGACCAAUGCGUCUCUAAACUCUCAUGCCAACUUCUGUAACUUCACGGCCUGCUCUGUGGGUGAAGGUAUCGAUGCGGCAUUCUGA